AUACAAAUAUAAACCAAAAUGGCGAACGAUCAAGAUGCUUACUGAUCGCUCUCAAUCGACGUCGAGUCAAUAAGAAAUACUCACUGAAGUGUUUCGUUGCAGCGGCCGAGUGUGGAGUUGGGCGUGAACGGAGCUCGCGUUUGUCGCAAAACGGGGCGAGCGUCAAGGAAGCGGACAUUGGUUUGCGCGGGAGUUUCUCGACGCGUGUGAUGACCCGAAGUGCGUCGUGGGUUUAGAACUCGCACGGCGUGGAAAGCAAGUCGGGACAGUCGGGGGUUCUUCCAAAACUUGACGAUGAGUGCCCGAGUGUUCAACCCAGCGGUCAUGUCUCAGCUGCGGAAGGACGGCCACUCGCCGAGCGGGCCCGCGGGGCAGCUGCAGCGCGUCAGGAGGGACUUGUUCGGGCCCGUCGACCACGCAGACGUGGAGGAGGUGGUGCGGCGCGAACUGAGCGCCCAGCAGGCGCGCGACGCAGACCGCUGGGGCUUCGACUUCGGGCGCGGGUCGCCGCGGAGGCAGGGCCCCGGCACCUCGCGCUGGGUCUGGAAGAAGGUUCUGCCGGGAGAGCAGGUCGCUCUGCCGUACGCGCACCGCCGCCUCUCGUACCUCAACACGGCCGCCGAUAAGUCGCCCGAGCAGACCGCCACCACGUCGGAGCCCGCCGCCGCUCUGGACAACAACAACAAGCAGUCGCACAUCACAGAUUACAUGAAGGCCAAGAAGCGACCUUGCAGCGGGGACUCCAAACCUGCUACUGCAGCCACUGAGCAGCCUCCGCCCAAGCAAGCCAAGACAAGCAGCUAGGGCGAUGGCUCCAAACACAACAGAAGAAUAAAACAGAUCUCCAAUAAAUUUGUACAAUCAUAUAAAUAUAUAUUAUGUUAGAAAAAUUAAUGAAUUAUAAUUGGUUGUAGAUAUGUGUAAGUAAUUUAUUUUUUGAUGUCUCAAAUAUUUUUUUUUUUUGGAUGUUCUCGCAAGAAGUUAAGAUUUCUUUUGAUCUCCAAAAAUCACCAAUUAAAAUACCUCUCAAAUUUAGUUAUGCAGACAUAUUGUUUUUUUUUAUUUCUGAACUUGUCUGUUGUGUGUUAUUUAUUGGUGUUUCUCACUUGUUGGAUCAUCAUGUAAUUGUGAUAUGUCAUUUGGAAAGUCCAACAAAAUAUAGUUCAAAAAUGUAAAGAAAUUCCUGGUAGUAUAUUUGCAAAGAUUUUUUUAGUAUAUUUUUUAUAGUAUAUAGUAGGGUAGGCCCUAUGCUUUUUGGCAUGAAUUUUUUUUACUUGGUAUGACACAAACAUAAUUCAUGAAAUAUCAAUAACUAAAAUAAAUUAAAGAUAUAAAUUUAUGAUCUCUUCCUCAAGAUUGUUACAAAUUAAAUUUUUAAGAAUGUUGCAUGGUUUGUCAAGUUACCAGCAAGUUCACAGUGUUAAAAUCUGAGAAAUGUUUUUAUAGCAUUUUUAUUGCUCGUCCUCUGUUGCAGCAAUGUGUCUUCAGAGUAACAUUUUUUACUAGAUGGCAUUAUAGACCUGAAGAGUUGGCACUGCUGGUAGGGAAGGGAAGAUUGAGAGAGAAAAGUAAAUCUUGAUAAAUCGAGGACUUCUGCCAUUAUGAAAAUGUUGACGUGACAUCACAGUGCUGGUCAUUGAAGUCCAUGACAGUUUUUGUUUGUGUGUAGCUUGACGAGAUAAAGAUGUGAUUAGAAAUAAAUGUUGAUGGUUUAUAACAUUUGCUGUAUGGUGUUUGUGUGUGUGUGUGUGUGUGUCUGUAGAUAUUGCUGAUAACAGGAAGUUUCACAUUAUUUUCUUCUCUUAGUUCUGCAUUGAGGUCAUAGUUUAGACCAGCUAACAUUGGUUCAUGUUGUUUGUGUGUUGGUAUAGGAGCUAGUUUCAUUUCUUACCCUAAGCACCAUAUUAGCCUAGCAUAUGAGAAAUUCUUUCAUAGCAUCAGUUCAUGAGCCAUUGAAAAACUACAAAUGUGUUUACAAAGUAUGGAUAUUAACAAAGUUUGCUCAUUUUUAUCAGUAUUGUAAACAUAUAUAAUUUACGUAGCUUAUUUUGUGGUUCAAAUUGCAUUUUCACUGAAUGUUUUUGCUACGACUAUAUGAAAUAUGCAGGAAAUGUUUUUGCUUAGCAAAAUCAUUUUAGCUAUUCAUAGCGAAACUAUUUUAGCUUUGCUUAGCAAAUUAAUUUUUGCUUUGCUCAGCGAAAUAUUUUUUUGCUUUUCAUGGGGCAUAAUCGAGACAUGUUCUGCACAGGAGCGGUGACAAGUUAAUGUAUUUUAUCGUCUGCCGUGUGAAUACGUGUUUCAAGUAGUGUUUUGAUGUUGUUAUUGUGUGAUUCAUGUUGCAUGGCAGUGUUUUGAGAUGGAUUGACCAAUUAGUUCUACCAUUGCGCUGGGAAUUACUUUCAAAGUUAUUAAUAUUGUAUCUAGCAGCGGAUCCCUGAUUGACUUCUGGGGGGAGGGGGGCUAGCGUAGUAACUGUUAAUUAUUUCAGAAGUCACAUUAUCCAUGCAUAUUUUACCCUUCUGAGGCGGAAAAGCAUGCCCCCUCCCUCUGGUUCCGCCCCAGGUUGUAUGUAUCAUUAGUGUUUGUGUUGUAGAAUCAUCUAAAAGAAAGCUAUUUUGUAGAAAAUAAGAUAUUUUUGUGUGAGUAUGUGUGUAAUCCAAAGAGAAAUUUGAAGUACAAAAGAAGUUUUUGAUUUCAAAAUCACUAAAUGUCUUUUGAUAAUAUUGAGAGUACUGUUUGCAGCACUUGACAUUACUAGUAUAACAGCUUAAUUUAUUGGCAGUAGCCGGCAGCUUAUGGUGGCUUUCGUCGUAACUUUCAAAGCCUUGGGCUCUGCGAUAGACAUGUUUGUAUGAUCUCAUUUGUUCAAGCCAGUAACUUGUGUUUUAUUAAGCAGUGUACGUUUCACUAAGCAAUUAACAAUUUGCCAGUGAUUUAUAAAAUGUAUACUGUAAUGAAUGAUCCCAACGAUCCUACAUCACAUAUCUUAUAAAAUAAAAUAAAAAAGUGUUUAUUAAAUUUUGUCUCAAAUUUGGGAUGUUGACUUUUACACAUCCCUUUUUAUUGUUCUGCAGUACGAUAAAUUUGUGCUAUGUAGGGUUCUCAGGUAUGAAGCAUUUUGCAAACAUUCUAUUGUAGAGUGAAAUGUUGAACUGAAUUUUAUUUGCUGGAUAUGAAAACAGAUUUCAAUGCAACCACUGGAACUGCAUCACUGAUAACUAACAGGGUGAUAUCUAAUGAAAGGAAUUGGUAUGUUCUGCUAUGGAGUCAUUUGCUUUAGGUUGCAAUUCAAAAUAUUCCCAUUGCUUCCUUAUAUUCAAAAUAAAAUCAUUUCAUUACUUAAUUACAACGCUUUUUUUUAAUAUUUCUUUAUUGUUACUAGUUUACAUUAAUGAACCAAUUGAUAGGCACAUUGCACACACAAAAUUAAAUUCUUCAAAAUUUUAAAAUGAAGUGCAACUGUAAAUUUUUUGUGCUUUAUAGUUUGCCAUCUUUGUAAAAGAGCCUUACUUCUUUUACUUAUCGCUUUAUAGAUAUUUUACGGCCAUAUUUUUGAGGUAGCUGCAUUAUGCAUUCAGUAGCCUAAGAUUCCAGCGACCUCAAGUUACAUGCCCAAACAUGUAUUUUCUAAGUUUUAAAAUCUUUUUUGCAGGUCUAGGUGAUCAUAUCUAAAUUGAAGGGUUGUCAGCCACAUUUAUACGUAAAACCAUUUUUAUCUUUCCUGAAACCAAAAUUUCAAAGUUGCGCGAAUUCAGAUUUUUCUGGCUUGUUACAAACAGUGUGUGGAUCUUAGGUUUUCCUUUUGAUUUUAAAGAUAAGUAUCUUUGCUAUGUUGGUGAAUAGCAUCUGUAUUGAUCGAGGCAUUUAGUACACCAAAUUGUAUUUUCCCGUGUCUAAGGACAAAAUUAUGUGGUUUUUGGGUGGUUUUACUUUUCAUGUGACGUGCCGAUUGGGAAUUUGUUUUAUCUUUGUGACUCCGGCUAAACUAAUUAAUACAACUUUGAUUUGUCCAGAGCUGAAUGAAUGACAGUACUGCAAGAUCUCUACAAAGUGUGCAUCGGUACUCUUAUACUCUUGAUGCCUAAAUUGUAUCCUCAGGCAAAUAUAGUUUCACUCAUGCAUAAAUUGUGUAUAAAAUUUAUAUAAUUAAUAUUAAUAUAAUGUUUCUAACACCUGUGAUGUAUUAAAUAUUGAUCUCAUUUGUAUAUUUUUUCCAUUGUAUGUAAAGGUGUCUAUAGUGUUAAGAUGCUAUAUUGGUAUUGCAAUUGCAUAUGAUUUAAGUUGAUGUAAACUUUGUUGUAGAGAAGUGACAGAGUAUAGAUUAUAUAUCAAGAGGCAAAAAAUAAAGGAGAGCUUCAUUUGUUGAAUUAAA